AUGGAGGUCUCCGAAAAGGGUUCGAUGGCAGAUGGUGCAGGUGAUGGCGAGAGAUCAUCCGAAAGCAAAUUUGAGUCAGACGAUGAGCCCGUUGAACUUACGGGUGAGUUCGGGAUCUUGAAGAUGCAUAUGGAUGUCCAUUUCGAACGCCAGGCCAGGUUUUUCGAAGAGCUCCUCACCACGAAGUCGAACACAAUUCUUCGACAGCGUACCAAAGAGAGCAUGCUCAAAAUGGCUGGCACUGAAAUGGCGCUGCCUGAACCUCGCGUUUCCCAAGGAAAUGCCGCGCUUCAGCUUCCAGUGCCACAGUUGACCACGGCGAAUUCGUUUCGGUCCACCAUUAGUUCCUCGCCGCCGGGGCGACGUGACAGCGUCCGAAAGUCCUUCGUCCGUGCUGGCAUGGAGGACAAGCAGGGCCGUGCACGGGCAGCUGCUUCCAGGAUCACCUUUGCUCGUGAGGGGCGGGCGCAUUCAGCUGCUGACCGGGUGGAUUGGCGGGGGCGCAUUCAAGCCUUGGUGAUUUCGCCUUUCUUCACCAACUUCAUCAUGUUCUUGAUUGUCACCAAUGCGGUCCUGCUUGGGGUCGAGAUUGAUGUAUCAGCCAAGGUUGGUCAGGAUGAUAUUCCCACCUGGUUUGGCACACUCAAUUCUUGCCUGGUCUUUGUUUUUGUGAGCGAAACAGCUUUGAAACUCAUUGGUCUUGGCUGUCAAGAAUUCUGGAGAGGUGAGGAGAGUGUAUGGAACGUUUUCGACUUCACCAUCGUCACCCUGUCUGUGGUGGAAACCAUGGUGGACUGGUGGGCACAGUCCAUCUCCAGCUCGGCCGAUGGAUCCAAUAGCUUCCGAGUGAUGCGCGCCUUGCGCUUGGUGAGGACCCUUCGCGGCUUUCGCAUCAUCCGCCUCUUCCGCUACUUCAGCGCAUUGAGGGGCCUCAUCCUCUCCAUCUUCAGUACUAUGGGAUCUUUGCUGUGGACAUUGCUCUUGCUGCUGAUCCUUUUUUAUACCUUUGGUUGUAUCUUCACCCAGCUUGUAACAGAUCAUUGUCGCUUCAUGGCCAUUGAGCAGAAUGCAGAUAACAAUGCCAUACCUGCUUGCGAAGAUAACUUGCAGCCCUAUUGGGUGAAUGUCAUGGACAGCAUGAUGACGUUGUUCAUGUCCAUCACCGGCGGGAUCAAUUGGUUCGAGGCCUACGAGCCCCUGAGACAAGUCUCCUUGAUGGCGCUGUGGCUCUUCAACCUCUACGUCGUGAUCGGCUUCUUUACCAUAUUGAACGUGGUCACUGGCGUGUUCGUGAACACCGCGAUUGAAAGUGCCAGCGCGGACAAAGAUAUUGCCACGCUGAAGCAGAUGCAGAAGCGCUUGGAGAACAUGUCCUCCCUGAGGGAAGUUUUCCAGGAGAUGGAUGCCUUCAAUGUCAACGAAGUGAGUUUGGACGAUCUUGAAGAUGCCCUAAGCCAGAACAAGCUUGGCACAUUUAUGGAAUCCCUGGGGAUUUCAACGGAUGAUGUGUGGAGCCUUUUCUUACUCAUCGACUCCGAUUCCAACGGCGUUUUGGACUUGGAGGAGUUCGUGACCGGGUGCAUGCAACUUUGA